AUGCCAGGCCCCCAGCCCACGCCAGGCUCCCAGCCCACGCCAGGCCCCCAGCCCACGCCAGGGCCCCCAGCCCACGCCAGGGCCCCCAGCCCACGCCAGGGCCCCCAGCCCACGCCAGGCCCCCAGCCCACGCCAGGGUCCAAGCCUACACCAGGCCCCCAGCCCACGCCAGGCCCCCAGCCCACGCCAGGGCCCCCAGCCCACGCCAGGGCCCCCAGCCCACGCCAGGCCCCCAGCCCACGCCAGGGCCCCCAGCCCACGCCAGGCCCCCCAGCCCACGCCAGGGCCCCCAGCCCACGCCAGGCCCCCAGCCCACGCCAGGGCCCCCAGCCCACGCCAGGGCCCCCAGCCCACGCCAGGGCCCCCAGCCCACGCCAGGCCCCCAGCCCACGCCAGGGCCCCCAGCCCACGCCAGGCCCCCCAGCCCACGCCAGGGCCCCCAGCCCACGCCAGGGCCCCCAGCCCACGCCAGGACCCCCAGCCCACGCCAGGGCCCCCAGCCCACGCUAG